AUGAUCGUUGAACAGUAUAUAACUAUCACACUUACCUCAAACGAACAACAAUCGAGAGCUUUCUCUCAACUGAUCAAUACAUCAAAUCUUCUAGUGAUGUUUCUACAGGUAUUAGUUGCUUCUGUAGUGGUGGUUGCCGUUAAUGCAAUCACCGGUGGAUUAGGAGGAGGCCACGGAGGUUUGGGUGCUCUGGCAGGAUUGGGUGCUCUUUCUGGAUUGGGAGGACACGGACACGGUCACGGUCUUGGCUUAGGAAAGGAUAUACAUAUUCCUCAACCGUACGAUUAUGGUUACCAAGUGAAAGCUAAGGAUAGCGAUCACUAUCGUCAAGAGAAGGGGGACGGAAAGGGUGGUGUUGUAGGCAGUUACGGCUAUAAAGAUAAGAAGGGUAUCUACCGUGAAGUGGAUUACGUAGCUGAUAAAUUCGGUUUCCGUGCUAAGGUGAAAACCAACGAACCCGGCACUUCCAAUCAAAAUCCUGCUCAUGCUGAUUUCAUUCAUCAUCAUCCACCUCCACACGCUUACGCCGAUAAAGGUUAUCAUCAUCACCAUCACGGUUUGGGUGCUCUAGCUGGUUUGGGUGCUCUGGGUGGACACGGACACGGACACGGACACGGACACGGUCAUGGCCAUGGAUUAGGAGGACUCGCAGGACUCGGCCAUCUCGGUGUUCUUGGUUAA